AUGAGUAGCCAUUUCGAGAUAGAGGGAUUUGAGGUUAGGUCUUUGGAUGGACUACCUUUGGAUAUUCUUCUUAGGAUUCUUGGACAGCUCGAAUUUAGUGAUUUAAAGAAUGUUUCUGAGACGUGCUGGACGCUUCGGCUUGUAGCGAAUGAGACGCUCAUGUACCAUAGUGUAUUACAGAACCUACGGACAAGGCAUUUGUGGACGAAAAGGUAUUUCUUUGAUACGCUUCGGAUGCUUCGCCGACAGCAGCCCGGGUUUGAUUUUAGGUCGUUGAGCGAUACUACUAUUAUACAGUCUCUACGGUAUUUGCAAGUUGGAGUGAGGAAAGUGUCUGGGAACUUCAUGAGGCUUUUGGAAGCGGACAGCCAGAGAGUUGAUGAUGAUGAUGAUGAUGAGAGGGAGAGCAGUAAUGGUAACUGCCGAACUAAAUAUAUUGAAUAUGAUGAUAUUGAAGAUUACGAUUAUGAUGAGAGGAUACCAGACAAUUCGGAUUGUUAUUCGAGCAGUAUAUCUGAUUUCGAGGAGGAUGACAACAAUGAAGAAGAAGAAGAAGAAGAGGAGGAAGAUAUCUCAAGUUUGAUCGAAAUCGAGAGCGACAAUGAUGAUAUUGAAGAUAAAAUAUGUGCAGUAAAUGAUACUCCUUGUAAAAAGGGCGUCAUUGCUAGCAAGCCAGUGAAGAUAGACAAAGAAGGUCUGAAAUACCUUCGUAUUUUGCAAGGUUUCCACAAAGUCAGCGCUGUUCAAGCGAAAAGUAAGCAAACUGUAGAAAAGGGUACCUCUACACCAACGAAAUACGGAAUGCUUAUAGAUGACGUCGAGUUUACUCCGCUCAGCACGAUAAAUUCACUGCUGAAAAGAAUAGACUCGAGCGCAGACUCACACCACGUGCAUAUAAACUCUCCAGACUCGUUUGGAGUAUCCCAUUCGAGAUCAGGCAGCAGCUCAGUGUUCUCGGAUAGCGUACCGAAACUGACAGAUAACCUGUGGUCGAAAAUAUACGAGCUGGAGCAUCAAUCUUUUUCAAGUUCAGAUUCGGACUCUUCUUCAUCAACGGAAUUUAUUAGGAAAUUACAAUCUUCGAAAAAGGUCAAAGACAAAGCUGUGCUAUUUGAGAGACUUCUAGCCAAAAAUAAAGACAAGAAUGCAUCCUAUAUCGGCAAUACUGGCGUUCCUGCUUCUUGCUCGUCUUCUACUAAACUGAAAAAGCCCCAUGUCAGGAAAAUUUCAGACAAUUAUAUGGAGGCUGUUAGGAGAAGCGCCUCCCCAGUGGACUUAUUAAAUGAAUCAUCUCCUGAUGGAAGUGGCGCAUUUAUUAAUGGCACUGGCCGUGGAAGGCCUACGAAACACUCCAAAACGCACCACAGAAGGAAACUCAAAGCUUCAGUCAUGGAUGGAAAUCGGAUCUGUUAUGAAAAAAUAUGA